AUGUUGCGCAAAUUCGCCAUCGAGAAGCCCGUCAUCUUUUGGUCCUGCCUCAUUGGUGCUGUUGGCCCUGUUAUGGUCUGGACAGUCCCCAAGAUCCGUCGCGAAUACUUUGGCUACAAGGGUGUUCCUCCAUUGCCAAUCACUUACCCUCUCCCCAACCAAGCUCGCAACCCCCCUGCUGGCUACGAGGAUUAG